UUUAAGACGUCAGUACAGUACAGUGGCGGCCAUGUUUCUGUGGUCCUGUUGUAACUAUCAGAGUACGGAGCGGAGAAGUGUGCUCCCGACUCUCCAGCACUACAAGUCCCAGAAUCCCCGAAGACCUCUAGAUGACUACAAAUUCCAGCAAUCAUUGCUUCUUUCUUCUUACUGACAGACUGUGUAUUACUGGACCGGGAAUCCCCUGACUGAAAGGUCACAUCACCCUUCAUUCUGUUCUUACUGCCAAAAACAACCCCUGCAUAGUUAUAAUGGAGAAAGACGGAUGGGACGUGACUAAGAAGAUAUUAAACAUCACCCUCGAGAUCAUCUAUCUACUGACUGGAGAGCAUUACACAGAAGUAAAGAAGAUAUCUAGUGAUCUGAAAACUCCAUCUGUCUUGCAAGGAUGGAGUGGAAUGCAGAGCCCCAUCAUGGACAAUGAACAGAAGAUAUUAGAGCUCACCAGGAAAAUCAUUGAGCUGCUGACAGGAGAGGUUCCUAUAAGAUAUCAGGAUGUUGCUGUCUAUCUCUCCAUGGAGGAGUGGGAAUAUUUAGAAGAGCACAAGGAUCUUUACAAGGACAUCAUGAUGGAGGAUACCCAGCCCUUCACAUUACCAGAUGAAGCUAAUGAAACCACUCCAGCAGAGAGAUGUCUCAGUACUCGAUGUUACCAAGACUGCCCAGAGGAUAUUCGCAAUGUCCCACAGGAACAUCAUGGAACAGAGGAUGAAGGUUUGAUUAAUAUUAAAGCUGAGGUAAGAAAACGAGAAGAGGAGACAUAUAUCAUCUGUGAUCACCUCUGUAAGGAGGAAGCGACUCCUACUUACAUCAAUAAGGAUGGCCACUACAGCAGCAUUGGUACAUGGGACACAUGUCUUGAUUUACCUCAAUACUGUAAAAUAGAAGAGAACAAUGUAGCAGAUUCACUAGAAUGUCCCAUCACUCAUCUAAAGCAACAAGAUCUGCCGUCAGCCUCUUCUAAUUCUGAGGAAUGUUCAAAUACGACAGACAUUCUUAAAUCCAGUGCAGUUAGAAGAAAUUAUAAAACCUUCCAGUGCACUGAAUGCUGCAAAACUUUCAGCCAGAAUGCUGACCUAAUCAGGCAUUCUAGAGUACACACGGAAUCCACACAGGAGUCAAGCCUCACCAUUGUAUUGAGUGCAGAAAAUGCUUCACUCACAAGUCAGAUCUUAAUAGACAUAGAAGAGUCCACACUGGAGAAAAGCCAUUUUUUUGUGCAGAAUGUGGGAGACGGUUUGCACAAAGAGCAAAUCUUGCCAUACACCAAAAAAUUCACCUACAGAAGCAAUUUCCAUGAAUUUAUUGAGGUGUCAUAG